AGGUAGGACAGUACAUAGAAAACCCUCAGAUACAUAUAAACUGGCCGACAGAGAACGUCUACCUCAUAAGAGUUGCUCAACCGAACACAUUUUCCUAUUAGGAGCCAGAGUGGGACAAUCUAUCUACGGGAUCUCUCACACACUAGCCUUUGGAUAUAAGUUGUUGAUACUUACUGAUAGAUAUCUGUGACUCAUCAAUUUUCAAUUGUUGGGACUUAAACGUAGUGACAGUGCUUUUUCUGGACAGUGUGAAUUAAACCUUGGACAGUGAUGGAUGGUUCCGUGGACAUGUCCGGCUCGGACAAAUAUACAGCAUCCAUAGAAUUUUCUAACGCAUGCAGGGAGUUUUAUAUCAAGCGUGUAAAAGCAACAGAGAAUCUCAAAGAUCAGAUCAAAUCCAAAUCGGACCGGGUCACCAAACGUAUACCACAGUCACAUUGUCCGACGUCAUCCAUAGAGACCUCCAUGGACAAACUCCGGCGAGAAAUGGCUUCCCUCAUGGACCAAGAUUUGUCUUUGAUGAAACAACUGUUGACCUUGAACGAAACGAUAGAAGAUAUCAAAUCCAGGCGACUAUACGGUGUCAGUAAGGAAUCUAUUUGCCAAAGUGAUGAGGAUUUGGGAGGAAGUCGCGAUUCAUUCUCCGAUAUGGACUUAUAUGAUUCAGACGAAGAACUUCAUAAACAGACAAGUAUGAAAUACACAUGUCUGACUGUCAAGGACGAUUUCAAACGUAAAGCUAACCUCAGCAGCAGGACCAAAGGGAUGGAAUGUUUACGAAACAAGGCCACAUCUUCUAACGGAUCUCAGAGUAGCCAGCUAGAUAUGAAAAAACCUCAGAUUAUCCACGGCGCACAAAGUUCUAUAGACUCGGGCUAUGACGAGUCGGACUGUUACCAGACGGAUAUAGAGGUCACAAUAUAGGUCAAGGUCAGCGAGUUACCCCAUUCCGUUCCUGCUGUCGACGACAAUCACGAUCAUCCCGGACAUGACGUAAUAUUGGGACAGACAACUCUACCGAGUGACGCAAUAACAUUAGUGCUAUGAACAGACACACUAUGGUUUACAUCAAAUCACUGAAAUCCAAAUAUACACGAGAAAACUCUGGAGAGGAAGAAUUUGGAGAUUCAAUUGAACAUCAGACGCAACACGAAUGUGCACAUCCACUGGACAAUGGCUAGUCCGUCACAUAUGCCUCAUAACCGGAAGUGCUUCAGAUAGACAAUCGAUAUCUCCCUGAAGAAUUAUGAGUUAUGGCAGUGAAUGCAUAACGAUCAGCCAUCUAGCUGUAACGGUGGUCCAGGAGAAUGCUGCUUCUGAAAAGACGCGCCAAAUAACCAAUGGCAUUGCAGAUGCGUUUACAAGACACUCCAAUCAACCAAUGACUAUACAGAGGCGUUUACAAGCAUUCCAAUCAUCCAAUGACAACGCUUAUGCAUUUAUAAGAUAAUUCAAUUAACCAAUUGAAAUAACACUUUCAUACAUGUACUUCUAACUAACGAAAAUUAUGGUGCUAUAUAACGGUAGAUCGAUGAGUCUGUCGUAGAAGACUGAUUUAGUGAGGAUUUGUAAAUUAUGUGUUCUUGUUAAAUUAUGAUAAAUUAACUAGUCGUUGUUAUGUUACAGACGUCAACACUUUAUUUAUUGAAAUAAACUACAAAAUACCUAAAA